AUGCAUUGUUUUGGUGCUGGUUUCAUUACAAAUUCACUUACUAACUCACUCACUUACUCAGUCUCUCACUCGGUCAGUCAUUCACUAACUCUCAAUUCAGUUCAGUCUCCUCAUCUCGUCUCUAGCCUCAGUCCAUCUCUUGUUCACCCAACCUCUUGCCUCAGUCCAUCUCUUGCUCACCCAACCUCUUGCCUCAGUCCAUCUCUUGCUCACCCAACCUCUUGCCUCAGUCCAUCUCUUGCUCACCCAACCUCUUGCCUUAAUUCAUCUCUUGCUCACCCAACCUCAUGCCUUAAUUCAUCUCUUGCUCACCCAACCUCUUGCCUCAGUCCAUCUCUUGUUCACCCAACCUCUUGUUCACCCAACCUCUUGCAUCAGUCCAUCUCUUGCUCACCCAACCUCUUGCCUCAGUCCAUCUCUUGCUCACCCAACCUCUUGCCUCAGUCCAUCUCUUGCUCACCCAACCUCUUGCCUCAGUCCAUCUCUUGUUCACCCAACCUCUUGCCUCAGUCCAUCUCUUGCUCACCCAACCUCUUGCCUCAGUCCAUCUCUUGUUCACCCAACCUCUUGCCUCAGUCCAUCUCUUGUUUACCCAACCUCUUGCCUCAGUCCAUCUCUUGUUCACCCAACCUCUUGCCUAAAUUCAUCUCUUGCUCACCCAACCUCUUGCCUCAGUCCAUCUCUUGCUCACCCAACCUCUUGCCUCAGCCCAUCCCUUGUCUCAGCCCAUCCCUUGUCUCACCCCAUCCCUUGUCUCACCCCAUCCCUUGUCUCACCCCAUCCCUUGUCUCACCCUCACCCCAUCCCUAG